UCUCUCUAUAUAAACACCGCUAAAAUUUUCUCUCUCAAUUUUUUUUUUCCGGAAAUCCUCUCACUUGCCGACGCUUUCCCACACCUUUCUCGCUCAUCACCUGCUCUCUGAUUCUUCAAAUCUCAUUAAAAAUGUUCUUAAUGGUAAACCCACCCAUUUGCUUAACUAAGCUUUUUGGUCAGCAUGAGACCCACAUUUACAAUCUUUAUUGUUUUGUUCGUUCAAGUUGGUUGGCUGGCGGCAAUUUGAUUUUUAAACGAUGGUGGCUUUGAACGACAAAUGGGUUCGAAUUCUAGAUUUUGAUGUGAUUAUAUCAAAUAGAGAGAUGGAAUUUGAAAACGUUCUGCUAAUUCAGGGAAGAACAAGUAUCUAAUGAUGUUUUGAAAGUGUUCGAGGUACUUACUGUCCAUGAAUUAGGAAAGAGCACAAUGAUAGUUGCAGAGCUUAAUACUGUAGAGAAGAGGAAUGUGCUGGUUGGAAUACGAUUCGAUUCCUAUACCAAAGAGCUGCUGGACUGGGCUCUUGUCAAAGUGGCCAAUCCAGGAGACCGCGUUGUUGCACUUCAUGUUUGUAGAAAUUCUGAUUCCAUUUCAAAAGACAAGCCAUUAUUGGAUGGAUAUUUGGAUGAUUAUGAAGGCUUAUGUAGUGAAAAACAGGUAGAUCUCGUUGGUAAGGUCUUGAAAGGAAGUUCAAUCCGAAAAGGUUUGGUCAGAGAGGCCAAAAACUGUGCUGCCGUGGCUGUAAUUGUAGGGAUAAGUAGGCACAAUGCUCUUGGAGUAUCUUUCAGAUGUUGGGCUUCAAUUGCUAAAUAUUGUGCAAAGAAACUGCCUCCAACAGCUGAAGUUCUGGCUAUCCACAAUGGGAAAGUUGUGUUCAGAAGGUGUUAUAACUCCCAACUACCAGGUUUCAAUGGAGACCCAAAGCCAAGCUUUUACUUUGUUCAAAGUCCCACUUUCAAAGAUAGCCAGUACGAAUUUGAUGAUUCUGAGACAUCUGAGGUGGUAAGACCCAGUCAUGAAGUGAUUCAGAGCUUUGAAGAUGAAUCAAUAGAUAGACAUGUAGACUCGAAAGACGGUGAGUUCAGGCAUGUUGAAAAAUUGAACAAACCUUCUUUGAACUCGAUUUCUCAGUUCAUGGGGGACCUUGGGCAGCAGAGGCCUGGUUGGCCUCUACUCCGAGCAGCUAGCUCAUUGACACCUCCAGCCAUGGAAACAAGAAAAUUGUCAGUGGUGCAGUGGGUAAUGACUUUACCAAGACGAUCUCCACCGGAAAGUCCUCAAUCCAAGCCUGGUUCUAGUGCAAAAACCACUUUUCGUACUUGGAAUAUGGAAAGUAGCAAUUUUGUGGACAAGAGCAAAGAGCAUAGUUUAUCCAAGUUGGGUGAGCUACCGGAAAAUUUGGAUCUUCUCCUCAAAACAAAUUCAUCUGGCUGCACAUGGUUCAGUCAUGAUGUUCUGAAAAACUGGACUUCUCAAUUCUCCCCAGGUGAUUUUAGCUCUAAAUUCUAG